UAAUGAAGCACGCAACAGAAAAGGAUACAUCUUCAGAAAAAAAUGGACUGAAAACAAAUAUCUGCAAAACAGAACACAACCUUGCAGGACAGAUAGAGAGCAGGUAUGUCCUGUGUUGGUCAAGAGAAGCAGAAGGAUGACGGUGAGCAGCAGAACGUGAGAAGGAGAGCGCUGCUGCAGACCCGACAUCGGGCCACAAUUGCGGAUCUUUUCGAGGCACUGAAAAAUAUGGUGUGUCCAUCCAGUCAGUCCAGUCAGAACGGUGAAGCUUCUUCUAAUCAAGGAAGUCCUGCCAAGUGGAAGAUCCUAGAUCAUGCCAUGGGAUUUCUUCUGGAGAAGGAGGCUUACCUGAGCAAACUCCUUGUACUGAAAGAAGCUUAUCUUGAUGAUGAUGGAGGACCGAAGAGUUUGGAAGACGUGCGAGAUCAGUAUAGGAGGCGCUUUUCUAAACAUGACAGUUUGCACAUCAGGACACACAGCUGUAGAGCUUGGGUACCUGAUGUAAAUGAGGACCACGAGAACAGUGAGGUGGACUUAACUGAUGAAGAAACGGACGAGCUGCUUCAGUCCCAGUCAUCUGGGUCAUCUGUCCACAACAUCCAGGAGUUUGAGGGAUAUCUCUUUUUCUACAGUAGGACUCUUGAGGUUCUUUUGCGCAAUGGAGUGCUCACGCCAGAUCAGACAGGUCUUUCUGUAGUGUCCGAGGCCAUCUCAGGUCUGUGGAGCUCUCUACCUUCAGAGCGAAGGGCAGAAGCACAGCAGCAGGCUCUCGACCAGAGCUCUGUCUUAUGGGAAGGCCAAGCUGAGAUCAGCGCCUCACCUCUCACCAGCUUAAAUCCAUCUGCAGCUUGUGUUCUUGAGGAGGAUCUACUACAGGAUGCUUAUGAUGUGGUGCAGAGAGAUAUGGAUGCUGCUUCAGUAAACGGGCCUGACGCACUGCAGAGCCGUGACCAUGAGAAGCUGAGGCAAAUCUACAAGAACAUCUCAGGCUUCAUCAAGAACCACAUGGCUGAGGAUCUGGAGCUUCCGCAGGAUCCAUCCCAAGCAGCUGAUUAUGAAGAGCAUCUCCUGAGAUGUUCAGAAAGCUUCGAUGAAGAUUUCUAGCCAGUUCCUUCAACCUUCGUUACGGUUACUUUCCAUUUUAUU